AUGGCCGUUCUUGGUCUUCCUGGACCUCCAUUUUUCUUCUGUAUCUUCUUCCUCUUCAUCACCGUUCCCACGAUCACCAAAUCCGCCAUGAACGAUGCAGAAGCUUUGCUCAAAAUCAAACAGUCAUUACACGAUUCCCAGUUUCUUGAUUCUUGGAAGAAUGGAACACAGCCUUGUGACGAAGUAAUCCGAUGGGUCGGAGUUGUUUGUGGUAAAGGGAUCGUUACCACCCUUCGUCUCCGAUCAAUGAAUCUUUCCGGUGACAUUGAUAUGUCGGCCCUCUCGCAGUUGCAAGGUUUACGCGUUCUUAACCUCGUUAACAACUCGUUUUCCGGCCCCAUACCGGAAUUCAAUAAGCUCGGAGCUUUGAAAGCUAUUUACGUCUCGAUGAACAACUUUUCCGGAGAGAUUCCAUCGGGUUUCUUCACGAAAAUGGUGUCGUUGAAGAAGAUAUGGUUCGAUAAGAACAACUUCACCGGUCCGAUCCCUUCGUCGUUGGCUCAACUCCCUCGUUUAUUGGAAUUACAUCUCAAUAGCAAUAACUUUACCGGUUUGAUCCCAUCGAUCGGGCAGCAAAGUUUGGAGUCGCUUAAUCUUUCGAGUAAUAACCUCUACGGCGACAUACCUUCGAGUUUAUCGAGAUUCGAUGUGUCGUGUUUUGAAGGAAAUCCCGGGCUUUGUGGGCAGAAAUUCGGUAAGUUAUGCGCUAGUGUGGUUCCGACUCCCCCGCCGCCAUCCGAACCACCUCAGAAGUCGCUAAAGAUCGCGUACGCGCUCAUGGGUCUAUCGGGUUUCAUUCUUGCAUCGAUGCUCGUCGGAAUCUAUCUGUUAGUACAGAAGAGAAAGAGAGAAGAAAGGGAUCAAAUGUGCACGGAAAAACGAAACUUCGAUGGUAACAUCGGUUUAUGUAUAUCGAGUAUCGGUCGAAAAGAAGAAGAUGGGUCAGGUUCAGGUACUGGGAAAUGCAUGGGGGGAAGAAGAUCUCCUAGAAAAACCAAAGGGUUUGGUGACCUAAUGAUGUUGAACAAUACCGGAAAACCCGUGUUUGGAUUGUCGGAUUUGAUGAAAGCCGGAGCCGAGGUUUUAGGAAACGGAUCGUUGGGGUCAUCGUACAAAGCUAAACUAUCGAACGGUUUGAUUCUAGUGGUGAAAAGAUUGAAAGAAAUGAACAAAAUGGAUAGCGAUGAUUUCAAAACGGAAAUGACGAGGUUGGGAGGAUUGAAACACCCGAACAUACUGGCACCAUUGGCCUGCCAUUAUCAGAAAGAUGAGAAGCUCUUGAUCUAUGAAUACAUUCCAAAAGGCAGUUUACUCUAUCUAUUGCAUGGUGAUCGAGGGGAGAGUCAUGCGAACCUUAACUGGCCGACCCGAUUGAAAAUAAUUCAAGGAAUCGUGUUAGGAAUGAGUUAUAUUCACACCGAGUUAGCCACGCUAGCAUUGCCACACGGGAAUCUGAAAUCGAGCAAUGUUCUUAUUGGCCCCGAUAACGAGCCACUAGUCGUAGAUUAUGGUCUCAUUAGCAUCAUCGAAAGAAAUCAUGCAGCGAGCGUAUUAAUGGGGUACCAAGCCCCUGAAGCAGUCGAAAGCCGUUCGAUUUCGCCCAAAUGCGAUGUUUAUAGUCUCGGAGUCAUCGUUCUUGAGAUCUUGACCGGGAAAUUUCCGUCUCAGUAUCAUAAGAACAACAAAGGCGGGACGGAUGUCGUGCGAUGGGUGAAAUCGGCGAUUGAGGAGAAGAGAGAGGUGGAAUUGUUGGAUCCGGGGAUCAGUGAGCACCGGAGUUGUAUAGGGGAGAUGCAGAAGCUAUUGCACAUUGGUGCGGAUUGCACGGAAAGUAAUCCGGAGAAACGGGUAGACAUUAGAGAGGCGAUUAGAAGAAUAGACGAGAUUCGGAUUGACGGAAGCACGUAG